AUGGGCCAAGGAUUCUUCGGAUAUAAUCCUCCCAAACUCAUACUAGAUGCAGCAAAAAGCGAGCUGGACAACGUUGUGUCCAAUCAAUAUGCUCCAACACGAGGAAAUCCACGUUUGAAAAAAGCGAUUGCUGAAGCAUAUUCUCCUUUUUUUGAAAAGCGGAUUGACCCUGAAACCGAGGUUGUGAUAACAAGCGGAGCAAAUGAAGGUAUGCUCAGCGCAUUUAUGGGGUUUGUAGAACCUGGAGAUGAGGUUAUUAUUUUCGAACCCUUUUUCGACCAAUACAUUAGCAAUAUUGAAAUGCCAGGAGGUACUAUUAAAUAUGUGCCUUUGCACCCACCUAAAGAGGGGGCAGUCAGGAAGACGCGGGCCUCCGAAUGGUCUAUUGAUUUUCAGGAACUAGAAAAGGCAUUUAACGAAAAGACUCGGAUGAUAGUUAUCAAUACCCCGCAUAAUCCUGUUGGCAAAAUCUUAUCUCUUGAAGAAUUAGAAAAAAUUGCGCUUCUUUGCGUCAAAUAUAACACAAUAAUUGUUUCAGAUGAAGUCUACGACCGUCUCUACUAUGCACCAUUCCCUCGCAUUGCGACUCUUUCGCCGCAGAUUGCUGAAAGGACUCUUACCGUGGGAUCUGUAGGCAAGAAUUUCUACGCUACAGGGUGGCGUGUAGGGUACCUCAUUGGUCCUGAACACUUGAUCAAAUAUGUCGCCGCUGCCCAUACUAGAAUUUGUUAUAGCAGCGUUGCUCCUCUUCAAGCUGCCGCUGCGAUUGGAUUUGAGAAAGCUGACCAGGUUGGUUUCUGGGACCAAAGCCGGCAAGAAAUGCGUGGAAAAAUCGAUCGGUUCUGUGAGGUACUGGAUGAACUUGGCAUUCCUUACACCGAUCCGGAUGGUGGAUACUUUGUCCUUGCAAAUAUGGCCGCCGUGAAGCUUCCGGAAAGCUACCCAUUCCCGCCACACAUUGCAGGCAGGCCUCGUGAUUUUAAGCUAUUUUGGUUCUUAGCAAUGGAGUUUGGUGUAGGCACAAUCCCGCCCACUGAAUUUUACACCGAUGCCAAUGCCUACAUCGGAGAGGACUGGAUCCGCUUUGCGAUCUGCAAACCAGACGAGGAUUUAGAAGAAGCCAAAACACGCCUACGUGGAUUGCAGAAAUACAUGGUUAAAUAA